ACGUAUUGCUUGGUCGUGCUGCUCGUGGCUCUCACUACGCAGCCAGACUGCGAAGCGCGAGGAGGUGCGUCGCACGAAGCCCCGAGAGCGUCUCUCGUUGUCGUUCGUUGUCGUUCUCUGUCGUCUGCAUUGCAUUAUCUCUCUUUGCGAGCCGGUGUACACGACACAUUGUGCUUCUCUCGCAGCGUAUCUAAUAGAGUGCUCCGUUUUUCGCAAUACACACAUUGUUGUUGUUUCACGCACUAGAUGUGCUACUGAUAUUUUAUUGGACUCACGUACAAUUGAGUGUCGUGUUUUUGACAGACCAAGUGCUUCAUUUUUCGCGCAGUGUCAGCUCGGUAAUAGAGUGAUAUCUGGUUCAACAACAACAUUCAUUCCGGAUCAUCACCUUCUCGUCGCACCAUUCAGCUUCGGAGUUUCAGCAGCCGCGUUGAAAUUUCGCAAAAGAGGCGUGCUUGCCUCCGACCGAGCGCGUGCGCGCGACGCUUCGAGCCAGUAGUAUAACACGUGCACACGUGCUGUGUAGCAGCUCUUCUCGUCAUCCUGACUCUGAGAGUGCAUCGUUGACCUUGUCUCUGCGAAAAUCGCUACAAAGUUCUGCGUGGAAAAGCUGCGAUCGGUACAUAAAAGUCCUUGUAAAGCAGUACACGAGUGCCGUUGAAUCUGUUCGAUAAGUUCGUUGAUAUACUGCGGGUGUUUCUUGUGUUCUAGACUCGCUUAAAAGCUAAAGUCAGUGUUUUACUCUAUAAAAAAUAAAAAAACUAUCGUUCGUGUUAUUGUAUAAGACAGUUUUCAAGACAUAUCGACCUGUGCGUAAAAACAUAUUGACAGUUGCAUAUUGUAGAUCAGGAUCGUUUCGGGUUGGAAGUACUCGUUAAAUACUGAUCAUCUACCUUGGUGGACAAUUUUACGUGACGCUAAUCGCGCCCGAAAACUUGCAAUAACUGAACUAUUUUGAAAGUUACAACGACCUCCAUUACAACCACGUCGUCCUACGUGCGUCAGUCACGCGUCUUUUCAGACUGCGAUUCAUCGGGAUGCGAGGCUGACAUGGCGGAGGGCUCAGCAGAGGAGGAACAGAGCAGUACCGCUGCGCCCGCCUCGCCGCCAGCCGACCUCCGUAUCCUCAACACUCAACUAUCCAGUCCUUACCAACAGCAGCAGCAGCAACAACAGCAACAGCAACAGCAACAGCAUCAGCAACAGCUUCAGCAACAACAACAGCAGCAGCAGCAGCAGCAACAAACGAAGCCGCAAUUGCUGCAGCAACGUAGUCAGCACUCAAGCAUGUUGGCCACGGCGAUACCACCGAGGCACAGUCUGCUGCCGCAUACGAUAAAAGCCGAUAUUAAAUCCGAAUACAAAACCGACACCGACAUGAUGGACAACUCCUUCGACGUUCCUUUGAACCUGAAGAGCGAGGUGAGUUAUCCGAAUGGACCUCAGUCUUCAGACUCAUUACUAAAUGGGAAAGACUCACUGGACAGUGACAGAAGCAGUAGUGGCAGUCCCGAGCCAACGUCGGGCUCUCUGCACGACCAAAUACUGCUGGAGGGUAUGAGAAAUUCCCGGAAGAAACGGCGCAGUCCUUCGCCAAAAUCGAUGGAACAGGCGAAACGCGCCGCCCAAGCGCAAGCUCACCUCAAUGGCACAAUGGCAGGCAUGGUGACGCUGCAAAAUCUUCAAAAUCUGGCGAAUCUUCAGAAUUUGCCGCAGGUCGCGUCGUUCGCGGCGGGCCUGCAGGGAAUUUCGUCCGAGCUCACCAACAAUUCUCUUAUCAACGCACCUCUCAAUCUGUCCGUCACGUCGCCGGGGGCCGUACCAACGACGCCAUCGUGUACCACGGCGCCAAUGGCGACGCUGACCCAACUUUUGGCUCAGCCGCAGCCGAUCGCCAUGCCACAGUUCAUCCUUACGUCUGGACAACUGGUGCAAGGUAUACAGGGUGCGCAGCUCAUCAUACCAACCUCGCAAGGGUUCGCAACACAAACCAUACUUACCAUUCCCGUAAGCCACGUCAGCACCAAUAACCAAAUAGUUAAUUUGGCACUGAGCAACGGACAAGUUGUGUCGACGACGCUAGCAAAUUUACAAUCGAUCGCGCAACCCCAGGGCCUGCUCAACACGCCAACGAACAGUGCUGUUCCAACGAGUCCGAACUUGAGCGCGGCGGCGGCUGGCUUGGGCAUUAAUCCCGCGGCCCUGCCGCAUCUGUUGGGUGCCGCCGCGGCGAACACGACGGCGAGCCAGCAGCUACUCAGUGCCAUGCAGCCUUCGCAAUUGAUCCAGGCCGCACAGGCCGCUCAGGCCGUGCAGGCUGCUCAACAGCAGGCCGUGGCCGCCGCGCAGGCCUCGCAGCAGCAGCAACAGCAGCAGCAAGCCCAGCAGCAGGCCCAGCAGCAACGAGAACAGCAGGCUCAGCAGCAGCAACGAGAACAGCAACAAGCAGCGCAACAGUCGCCGCUGCUGAGCGCCUCGCCACCGCACGGGCAUCGUCACAGUAGUUCGCACAUCAAUCAUUACGCACAGCAACAAUCGGAAAAACUGCACAGGGAGAGGGUCGAGCAGUCGUCGCCACUGAACGGCUCAGCCGUGUCGGCAGCGACGGCGCUCAAUCGGUUGGCCGCCAAUAACGGCGAGCUGACGAUCACGACGACGCACAGCGGCGGCGGCGGCUCGUCAAGCGUCAACUCCAACUCGAGCCUCAAAGCCGAGCCGAGCGUGCACACCAUCAAGGAGGAGGACGACGAUCUUCUCAACGACUCGUCGAAUCAACCGACGAUAAACGAAGCCACGAACAACGUAGUGGACGGAAUAAACUUGGACGAGAUCAAGGAGUUCGCCAAAGUCUUCAAGUUGAAACGUCUCUCGUUGGGACUUACGCAGACGCAAGUCGGCCAGGCCCUCAGUGUGACAGAAGGCCCUGCCUAUAGUCAAAGUGCCAUUUGCAGUGCCCUGGCUUUCCAGAUGUACGCUCAGCAGCAGAAGAUGUUCGAGAAACUUGACAUAACGCCGAAGAGCGCCGUGAAAAUCAAGCCAGUCUUGGAGACGUGGAUGAAGGAGGCCGAAGAUAGUGCGUAUGAUUAUAGGUCUAAGAUCGGUGCCAACCACCUGACGGAUUUCAUCGGCGUGGAGCCGAGCAAAAAGCGGAAACGGCGUACGUCGUUCACGCCGCAGGCGCUGGAGCUGCUCAACGCGCAUUUCGACAGGAACACGCAUCCUUCCGGUAACGAGAUCACAGCACUGGCGCAGCAGCUCGGCUACGAUCGCGAAGUAAUCAGGAUCUGGUUCUGUAACAAGAGGCAGGCGCUCAAGAAUACCGUGAGGAUGAUGUCAAAGAGUAUGUCCUAAGAUAGCGCCCUGGAGCCUCUGUGGUCCCUGCCGACUUCUUGUAAUAUAGCUCAAGGCCAGCAACAGCAGCAGCAGCAGCAGCAGCAAGCGUCAACGAAUCCUCGCGGCAGCAGCAACGAGUAUUGCAUUUCACAGACGACGACGAGCUGUAGCAGCAGCGGCGCGAGCGGAGCAGGAGACGCUCCGCAGCAGCGAAGAUCGCCUUCUCAGCCGCAGCAGCUGCUCCAGCCUCCGUCAGUGCCGACGUCGCUGCCACUCAACAUGUCUCUUUUGCUGGCUGGCUUGACAUAGUAGUAGCGCGCAGAUGCUCCAUUUUAAUCGAAACACAACACAGACACAACAAAAUGAUUGCCCUUUCGCGAUGAAUCAUGGACAAUUAUACAUAAACAAGAAAAAAAUAACCAUAACCGAUAAUCGAUUUGAAAAACGAUGAUGGCGGUUCACAAGCUAUUUACAUAUAUUAAAGAAAUAAACGCAUUACGUAUGCUGUAUGUAACGAACGCUUUAGCCGCGCUCGGGAGGAUCGUCGUCGCACGACGCUCCUUUUUCUCAAAAAGUUUUCCCCUACUUCGGUUUUUAUGUAAAACAUACGAGAUAUGUUUUUGAACUAUGCAAUAGUUCGGUUAUAUUUUGUAUGAAUAAAAAAACGCGAGAUUUUUAUGUAGGUUUAUAUAAGUAUGACACUUGUAAAAAUGAUGAUUAUUUUUAUUAUUCAUUACUUGAGCGAUGAUGUAUACUAGUACUGUUUAUUUUAUAAUUACGAGCUGACGAAUGUCACGUACUUAAGUUUAUUAAAAAAAUCGGCUAAUAGCUUUAAAAAUCGUAGAUGAAAAAAACAGCUUCAAACUUAUAGUUUCUCUAGCUAAGUUCUAAACUUUCGUUUUGUUUUUUCUAUCGUAUGGAAGAAAGUAAACGUUUACUAUAAUUUCUGUAAAAUAUAUUUUAGCUUCUAUCAAAGUUAAAAAUCUUUUGUCUGUAAGAUACCGCGUUGGUACGUUAAAAAAAACAA